CUCGAACCCCGCAGAGCGUCAAACAUAAAAAAAAGUUUAGAAACCGAAUCAUCCAUCGUUUUAUCUGUUACUGAGCAAUUCCUCGGUUCAUUUUUUUGUUCACUAAUCAGUGCGUCACACACCGGUCCGCUCCGCUCCACCAAAUUUGCGCACGGUGCGCACGGUCACAAGGCGGCAUCAUGUGCGCCCACCAUCUGUAAGGAUGGGUGCACAGAUCUGCAUCCAUCACUUCAGUAGUGCAGGCAAACGAAGCUGGAUGACGCGGAAAUUAAAGGAACCCUUAUGCUAGGAUUUAUUUUAUUGUUUUAAUUAGACACCUUCUGAACUUGAAGAUCUUUUUUCAACUUUUUGUCAUAUUUGAUAUUUCUGAAGACAUCAGUGAUGUUCAAAAGCAAGAAUCCAGAGAAAAUGCACUUGGUGACAAAAGCAAACAAGGCUUACAGCACGCCAGGAAGUGUGCCAAACUAUGAGGAGUUACAGAAAGAAGCCAGUCAUUGUCAUGACAACAGCCGUGCACAAGAGCAACGAGAGACGGAGAAAAAAGUGGCCAAAAGGAGGUUGUACGUGGUUUCUGUCAUCUGUCUGAUUUUUAUGGUCGGUGAAAUUGUUGGUGGUUAUUUGGCAGGAAGCCUUGCCGUGAUGACAGACGCUGCUCACCUGCUGACGGACCUCACCAGCUUCAUCAUCAGCCUGUUUUCUCUCUGGCUCUCUUCUAAACCGGCCACACAAAAGUUUAGCUAUGGCUGGCACCGUGCAGAAAUCCUGGGUGCUCUGCUGUCAGUUUUCACCAUCUGGCUGGUCACUGGAGUGCUGGUUUAUUUAGCCGUGGAGCGCCUCAUCGACGACGACUACACCAUCGAGGGCUACAUUAUGCUCGUUACUUCGGGUUGUGCAGUGGUGGCCAAUAUUGUAAUGGCCGUUACGCUUCACCAGUCGGGCCACGGUCACAGCCACGGUGGGCUCGGUUCACACGGACACAGUCAUGCUCCCGAAACGGCGAAAAAGAAGAAUCAGUUGUCAAACGGCGUCCACUCGAAUAACGAGGGUAUAGACUUGGAGCUAAAUCAGGCAGUUCAUGGGAAAAGCACACAGCAGGCUAACGCAAGUGUGCGAGCAGCUUUUGUGCAUGUGAUGGGGGACCUUCUCCAAAGUGUCAGCGUGCUCAUCAGCGCCAUCAUCAUCUUCUUUAAGCCAGAAUAUAAGAUAGCCGACCCGAUCUGCACGUUCUUGUUCUCCAUACUGGUUUUGUGCACCACCUUCACCAUCUUGAGAGACAUCCUUCUUGUCCUGAUGGAAGGCACUCCGUCGGGGGUGAAGUACAGUGAAGUAAGGGAUCGUUUGUUAUCGGUGAAGGGAGUCACAGCGGUUCAUAACCUUCACAUCUGGGCCCUCACCAUGAACCAGGCGGUGCUCUCUGCACAUGUAGCUGUAGACGAUUCGGUGGAUGCUCAGACCGUGCUGAGAGAAAUGACGCAGGCUUGCUUCUCCUCCUACAACUUCCACUCCAUCACCAUUCAGAUGGAGCAGCAGGCUGACCUCAAGCCCGGGUGUCUGCUGUGUGAAAACCCCCAGAAGUAGCAGCUCCUCACUUGACUGAACACUUAAAGCACCUGAAGAUUCAGAAGGGUUUACCGACACUGUGACGCCGAUGAUGUUUUUGCAUAUGUCUUUUAAGUGCCUUUUCUGUUACAUUAUAAAACACGCAUUAAGAAAAAUCAGUUUUCUUUGACCUGAUCAAACAGAUGAAAUGACUUCGGCUGGUGCUGAUAAAACUACUUGAGCAUCGAUCGUUACAUCUUUAGUACCUCAAAGCUUUUGAAAUGUUUUGUGCAGUUUUUAUGUAGGAUAAAAAAAUCCCCUUUGACUUUAAACCUGUGUAAACUUGUAUUAAGUUAUUCAAUAAAAAAACUUGUUUUGAA